AUGGUGGAUGAAGGCAAGAAUGUAGUCAUCAACCCCCCUCCACCUCCAACACUUAGCAUCACCUCCGCAACAUUACUGUCGAACGCGACAAGCCCUGUGGAGAAAGUCCAGCAGGCUGUAGAUUCCCUAGUGAACUCGGUGUCGCCGCAGAAUGCAAGCUUCGCAAACGCUGUCGGCCCACUAGCUACCAUAGAUAAUGAAGUCAAGUCAGAAGCAGUCAACAUCGUGGACAAAGCAUACCUAAGACCAUUCCUGAACGAGCGUCUAUUCGCCUUAGUCGACGAAGUCUAUGACAAAAUAGACGAACAAGGCACGACCGAAGAGGACAGACAGCUCCUAGGUAAACUCCAUAGAAUUCGCAACCGGUUCAUCUGGAUCUCGCAUCGAUUAAUCGAACUUCGCGUGACAUUUAUGGAGAACCUGAGCACGGAUCUAGAGUCUAUUUGGAAUGGCGAGCAUGAGUUAGAGGGCCUGAACACAAAGACGCACAUCCAGCUCAAGAAGCCUGAUGUUAGCGCGGUUUUGAGCCAGUGCUCCGUGGCUUCAACUCGCCGAGAAGACUUCCUCCGAAGCCUGGCUGUUUUCCCGGAAAAUAUCGAGAUCUUUCAUGAGACGGUUGUCUUACGGGAUGAAGCUGCACGCUUGUUGGGGUUUUCUUCGUUUGCGGCUCAGAAGCUGCGGCAUCAAAUUGUGAAGUCGCCUGGUGAUAUUGGGAAAUUGUUAGAUAAGCUUUCUAUUGGGGCUCUACAGCAGCUACGGGGUCAGGGAGGUGAGUCGUUGUCAUUGUGGGAUUUUGAUUACUUUCAUGAUCGUAUGUUGCGCGAAAGAUAUCAUGUCGAUCAAGACUUGAUUGCGGAGUAUUUUUCGGUAGAGGUCACGAUUAGACGGAUGUUGGACGUGUUUGGAGUGUUAUUUGGACUGUCAAUUGCAGAGUUGGUGGGGAGAGAUCGGGUUUGGCAUCCUGAUGCGAAGGUGUUUUCUGUAUGGGACACAGAGGAGUCAGCAUUUAUUGGGUAUCUUUAUAUAGAUAUCUAUCCUCGCGAGGGGAAAUUUAACCAUGCGGCCAACUUUAACAUCUAUCAUGGCUACCUCAAGGACAACGGACAACGUGCUACAGUAAUUACUGCCCUAGUAUGCAAUGCCUCUUCACCAUCAAAGGACAGACCUGCUCUUAUACAACACCGAGAGCUCAUUGCCAUCUUCCCUGAACUAGGACAUGGAAUGCACGACCUUCUAGGCAAACCUAUGUACGCGAUAUUCCAUGGCCACCGAACAGUUCCAGACUUCGUAGAAGCACCCAGCCAACUACUCGAAUACUGGUGCUGGGUUCCCGAAUACCCCCAAAAGCUCAGCUGCCACUACACGCACCUCUCCCCCGAGUACCGCAAACAAUGGGCCCAGACCAACAACGCUACCACGCAACCACCAGAGACGAUACCAGAAACCUUUAUCCAAAGCCUCAUCGUCCUCACGCUCCGACAGGUCGCAUUCAGCAAAGUCGACAUGCGGAUACACAAUCCCGAUUCCCAGCGGGCCAUCCGAAAUACGUCCAUCGGCGAGGUGUACAUUCCGCUGCUGCAGGACAUGACGAGCCUUCGCGGGCCAGAGGGUGGUCUCGAUUGGGGCAAUGGAUAUGUCACCACAUCACAUUAUAUGUGGGGCCAAGAGGCCAAUUACUACUCCUACCUUUUUACCCGGAUUCUAGCGGCGGAUAUCUGGUUUUCCAGUUUCCGGACGAAUCCUACGAGUCAGGAGGCUGGGUUGCGGUACCGACGGAUGGUUCUGGAGAAUGGUGGCGGUCGGGAUGAAUGGGAGGUUCUUAUCGGGGUUUUGGGAAGGGAGCCGAGGCCGAGGAUGUAUUCGAGAGAUCUUGGGCAACGGUGUUCAACCUCUAGAGUACCUAUAAAGUGGUAG